AUGAUGCAGACCCGUCGUUUCGAGGAACACAUGCCGCCCUCCGAAGCUUCUCUAGGGAUGUCCAGCCCGGAAGGUCAGACCAACACCUCGAAGAGUGGCGAAAAUGAGGUAUCAGGAAAGACCUCAACGACAAGAUAUCCUCCCACGUCCAAAGUCAUCGCCAUCACGAUUCCGCUAUUCCUGACCGCCUUUCUCAUCGCAUUGGACCGUCUUAUUAUAGGAGUCGCCGUCCCUAGUAUAACCGACCAGUUUCAUUCUUUGGGGGAUGUGGGUUGGUACGGUUCAGCCUACCUUCUAACUUCUUGCUCAUUCAUGUUGGUCGGGGGAAAGCUGUAUACCUUGUUCGAUCCCAAAUGGGUCUAUCUAGGUGCUCUUGUGAUAUUCGAGAUCGGUUCAGCAAUAUGUGGUGCAGCCCCAAACUCGAAGUCCCUAAUCGUCGGUCGUGCCGUCGCAGGCUUGGGUCAAUCAGGUCUUUUCCAAGGGACUAUCAUCAUCAUUGUUUACGUCGUCCCUUUGCGCAAGCGACCCCAACUCAUGGGAAUAGGUGGCAUGGUUUUCGGGAUCGCCUGUGCAAUCGGUCCACUGGUAGGAGGCGCUUUUACAUCCGGGCCUGGCUGGAGGUGGUGCUUCUACAUCAACCGUCCUUGCGGCGGGCUUGCGUUUGUUUUGUUGAUUUUCUUCUUGGACAUACCAACAGAUAUGCUUGGCCUAAGGCCAGUCAAUAUCAAAGAAAAAGUGAAGCAAGUUGACCACUUAGGAGCUAUCUUCUUCCCCUCUUGCAUGGUUUGUUUGUUGCUGGCCCUACAAUGGGGUGGACUGGAGUAUAAGUGGUCGAAUGUUCGGAUCAUCGUUCUGCUUGCUCUCUCAGGAUCGCUGUUCAUCGCUUUUGUGGUUGUUCAGAGGUGGAGAGGAGAUGCUGCUAUGGUCCCCGGCCGCAUCUUUUUCAAUCGGAGUGUACUUGCUGGUGCUUGGUUCUCAUUUUUUAACGGCGCUUCAAUGCAGACGCUUCUAUUCUACCUACCGACAUGGUUUCAAGCCACUAAAGGGUCCACGGCUAUCAGAUCGGGUAUUAUGACUUUACCCUUGGUGGUUGGAAUAGUCGUUGCAUCACUUUUUGCUGGAAUGCUGACGAAAAAGAUUGGAUAUUUUACUCCAUGGAUGCUGUUAGGGUCCAUACUGACUCCUAUCGGUGCUGGCUUGAUCUCAACCUUCACAUCUCACACUGCAGUGAAUACUCUGAUCGGUUACCAGGUGCUGACCGGUCUUGGUUUUGGUUUCGGCGCGCAGCAACCUUCAGUCGCCGCCCAGACCGUCCUUCCCCGCCAGGACGUUGCCAUUGGGGCAUCUUUGAUGAUGUUUUGUCAGGUCUUCGGAGGCGCUGUUUUCAUCUGUGUCGGAAAUAAUAUAUUCCAGUCGGCUCUCGUGAGAAAUUUGACCAAAAUAUCGGGUAUCAAUAUCGAUUCUGUUGCGCACGUCGGCGCAACAGAUCUCAGAGAGAUAGUGCCCUGGGAAGUAUUACCACAGGUACUUGUGGCAUAUGAUGGUGCUAUGCGCGAUAUGUUCUACCUCGUGACCGGUCUGGCUUGCGUCAUGAUCUUUGGUGCGGUGUGUAUGGAAUGGAAGUGCGUGAAGAAGGGAGAAGAGAAUGAGGAUCAGCAACAGGCAACUGGCACUGAAGGAGCACAAACAUCAGAGAAGAAUGUACAACCAGAUAUGUCUCACGGCUAG